AUGAUGUUGAAUAAUAACAUAACAACGUUAGCUUUAAACAUACCAAAAGAUAAAAAAAAAAAAUGCUAUAACUUUUUCAUAAAAAAAGUGAAAGUUUUGUUAUUUUAUAUAAAAAAAAGAAUUAUUGAUAUAUCAUGUUAUUUAAAAAGUUAUAGCUCUAAAAAUCGUUAUCCCUUUUACGACGAUCCAUAUGAUUAUGAGGAGAAAUAUGAAAAAGGAAGGAAUGUAUAUGUAUAUGCAUUAUUAUAUCCUAUAAUAAAUAGUUUAUAUUAUAUUAUAAAUCUAUUGUAUACAAUAUCAUUUAAAUAUUUUUUAUAUGUUUUCUUUAAUGCUAUUAGAAAAAGGAAAGGGAGCAAAUUGAAUGAUAAUAUUAAUAGAAUAAAAUUAGAAAGGAAUAAAACACUUUUGAAAAAUUAUGAUCGUUGUAUAUUUUUAACAAAUGAAAUGAAUAAUUGUAUAUCUCACAAACAAAUUAUAGAAAUUUGUAAGAAUUUUAUAAACAAUGUAAUAUAUCAUGUAGAUAAUUUAGAAUUUGAUAAUAAUGAUAAGGAUAAAAUUUAUAAGUGUUUAAAUAAUUGUGAGAAUAUAAAUAGAAUGAAAGAAAUUUUCAUAAAAAAAAUGAAGCAUUUAUAUAAUUUUGAUUUUGAAAAUGCUCUAUAUAUAAGUGACGAAUCAUUAAUAAAAAGAAAAUUACAUUUUAAAAAUACAUAUGAAAGUAAUCCUUUUUCUUUUUAUAAAAAUAAACAAAAAAAAGGAAAAUAUGAAAAAAAAUUGGAUCUUAUAAAUAUAUAUGAUGAACUAUAUCUUCAUGCAUAUAUUAUCAGAAAUAAUAUGAAUAUAAAAAAUAGCAAGAAUUUUAUUAAUAAUGUGUAUAAUAAAAAUAUCCUUUCUAUAUUAAUUAAUAUAUUCUUUAAAAACUGUACAAAUAGUAUAUUUGUAAUUUUUUUAAUAGCAUCUAUAUUUCAACAAAUACGAAUAAUUAAAACUAGUCAUUAUAUAUAUUUUGUGCAAAUCUUUUAUUUUUUAUUUAUAUGUUGUAUAUUAAGAGAUAUAUGUAUUAUUAAAAAGAAGAGAGAACAUAUCAAACAGAUAAAAAUGAAAACAUACAAACGACUCACACCUUUGGGGUUAAUAGAUGUCCUUUAUUGUGAUAUUAAGGUCGGAGACAUUUUGUAUAUACCCCAAUUUGAGGUAAUACCAGCUGAUAUAAUUUUACUAAAAAAUUGUACGGAUGAUGAUAUAUUAAUUUCGUCAAAAAAUCAUGAUGGAUAUAAAGAUUUAAAAAUAAAGAAAUGUGUAAAGGUAACUAAUAUAUUAGCAAAUAUUUAUGACAUAUUUUUAAUGAAAAUAAAAAUUCUUGUUGAAAAACCUCAUUGCCAUUUUGAUCGAAUGAAAGGAUUAUUAUUCUUCUUAAACUGUAGUGAGGUUACUAACACAAUUGUAAAUGAUAUAACAACUUUAGAAAAUAUAUAUUUUGGAAAAUCAAAUAUAUAUAAUAUGAGGAAUAAAGAUAUUAAUAAGGAUAAUAUCUCAAUAUGUCAAUUUAGUUUUAUAUAUAUCAUACGAGAUACGUAUAUUGAAUUAUCUUAUAAUUUUCUUAAAUAUUUAUUUGCUAGGUGCAUACUUUCUUCAAAUAACAGAGUGGAGGAAAAUAAAGCAAAUAAAAUGUUGAGUUGUAGUAGUCAUUUUUUUUUGAAUAAUGCAAAGGAUAUUUCAACAAGACAGCUUCAUAAUAAUAUUAAUAUUAAUAUUAAUAUUAAUAGUUUUUGUUUUAAAAGACAUGAAAAAAGUAUUCAUCCUAGCAGUGAUAGUUGUAGUUAUAGUAGUGAUAUAUAUUUAUGUAUGAAUAAAAUAGAUUCGUAUCCUAUAUUUCACAAUUUGAAGGAUGAAAAUAUAAAUAGUAAAUAUGAUGUUAUAAAACAUGACGGAAAUAAUAAAAAAGUAGAAACAAUUAAGUCAGAUUAUAUAUCAGAAGAGUAUAAUAAUAGAUUUGCUACUUAUUAUGAUGAUAUUUUUAAUUUAAAAGAAAAAAUAAAUAAUAAAUUAUUUAGAAAAUAUAAGGAGUCCAUAAAUAUUGAUAAUGUAAUAUGGGAUGAAUGUACGCUUAUUCAAAGUUCGAUUUAUGGUUUAGUUAUAUAUACAGGUAUAGAUAAAAAGUCUAAUAUUAUAAAUCAAAAUAAUAAAAUAAAAGAAAAGAGAAAAAGCGAUAUUUUAUUUUAUAAUGAUGUUAAUUAUAAAAUGAAAAUAUUAUUACUUACAGUUAUAUGUAUUAAUUGUAUUCUUUCUAUAAAUGAACAAAAUAUAUUAGACCAAAAUAUAUUUCUUAUAUAUAUAAAAUAUUUCUUUUUAUUAUUAUUUCAUUUACCAAAUAUUAAUUGUUGUUAUAUAUUUAUUAUUCAUAAGUUAUAUUCAUUUAUAUUAUGGACUAAUAAUAAUAAUAAAAAAAUAAUAAUAAAUACAAAUACAAAUACAAAUACUAAUACAAAUACAAAUACAUAUACUAAUACAAAUAUAUAUACUAAUACAAAUAUAUAUACACAUACUAAUACAAAUAUAUAUACACAUACUAAUACAAAUAUAUAUACACAUACUAAUACAAAUAUAUAUUCACAUACAAAUGAAUACAAAAAGGAUUAUCAUUUUAAUAAUUAUAUAAUAUAUAACUAUAAUAUAAUGAAAUCAUUGUAUAACACACAAUAUAUUUUAUACGAUAAAAUUGGUACUUUAACAAAAGAUAAUCUUCUUAAAAUACACAAGUUUGAUUUUAUAUUUGAUGAAUUUUUAAUAGAUACAUAUAGCGCUCUCUUCUUUCAAACCUUCUUCAAAAUUGUAGAUUUCAAAAAAUUCUUUUCCAACUAUAUAAAUGAUUAUAAUGAUAAGGAGAUCAAUAAAAUGAUAUUAGAUAAUAUUGAUAAAACCUAUGAUACUUAUAAUAUUAUAAAAGAUACUUCUAAAGUAUAUAAAAACAUUUUUAAUAAAAUAUUAAGUUAUAGUUCUAGUGAAAUCAAAAAAAUAUUCUUAACAUUUUUAUGUAUAUUAUUUUGUAAUGAUAUUAUAAUAACAAAAGUGAAACGUUUAAAAAAAGAGGAGAAAAUAAAAGAAAAGGACAUAUAUAAUAUUAAAGAUAAACAUAUAUAUAAUAUGAAGCAUAAAAUAUUAUUUUCAACAAAAGAAGAAGAAACUUUAUUCUUGAAUUUUUUAAGGUUUUUAGGAAUGCAGUUAUAUUAUAAAAAUGAUUAUAUGUUUCUCCUUUGUAUAAAAAAUAAUAUAUCUUUAAAGAGGUGUGGACACAUUUCAAAAGAGAAAGUAAAAAAAAGAUAUAGAAAAAGAAACAAUAUAUUAAAGAAACAGGUCAAUAAGGUAAAGCACGGAAAUAUUGAUUUACAACAAAUUUAUGGAUUUGAAAAGAAUAAAAAUUGUGGUAAAAAAUGGAGUGUUAAAAAAAAUAUAUUCUUUAGUAAUUCUUUAAAAAAGGAUCAUAUUUUUAAUUACUCAUAUGCCGAGAGUCAAAGAAGUAUAAAUAUUAUAAAAAAAAAUAAAGGAAUAAAAAAUAAGCAUCCCGAUAAAAUUUAUGAUAAUUUCAGAAAUAAUCAUAAAAAUGAAUAUAAUUCUACUAGUCAAAGUGAUAACUGUUGCAAUGAUGAUGAUGAUGAAUAUACGUCUAAUAAUUGUAGUGAUAGUAAUACUUCAGGAUGUCCAGAUUUUAAAGGAAUAAAAAGGAAUCAUCACUAUGUUCAUUGUGACAAUAAAAGAGAAUUAAAAGAAAAAAAUGUUUAUCAAAAUGAAUACAAGAGAAAACAAACAGAAUGUGCUUUUCAAAUAUUAGACAUUUUUCAAUCAAGAAAACCAUAUAAACUUAUAUCUAUUUUAAUGUUAUAUAAUAAUCAAAUAUAUUAUUUAUUGAAAACAUAUGAUGAAUAUACUAUUUAUAUGUUAGGUGAUCAAGAAAGUAAUGAAAACAAGAAAGAGAAAAUCAUAAAAUCUGUUCAGUAUUUAUUAAAAAAUGGAUUUGGUAUAUUAUUAUUUGCUUAUAAAGUUGUUCCAAAUAAUGAAUAUGAAAUAUAUAAAAAGAAUUGUACAAAGGAAAAUAAAAAAAAUUAUUUCCAAAAUGUAUUUAAUAGGAAUGUUACUAUAUUAGGUAUUUUUUCCUUCAAAGAAGAAAUUAAAAAUGGUUCAAAGCAAAUUAUAAAUCUUUUUAAAGAAGCUGGUAUAAAAACAUGGAUUUUAUCUAGUGACAAAAAAAGAAAUCUUCUAUCCAUUUGUAAAUCCGUAGAUUUAAUAAAAGAAGGUACUACCACUUGUUAUUUGAAUAAAAAUAAAUUAAUAAGAUUAUAUAAAAAGGGUAAUACACCUACUACUACUACUACUACUACUACUACUACGACUACUACUAUUAAUAAUAAUAAUAAUAGUAAUAAUAAUAAUAAUAAUAAUAAUAAUAAUAAUAAUAAUAAUAAUAAUAAUAAUAAUAAUAGUAAUAAUAAUAGUAAUAAUAAUAAUAUAUUGUUUGAUUGUUACAAAAAUGAAAAUGUGGUUGAAACUUAUAUAAAUACAUCAUACAAUAAUAAAAUAACAAGCAUAGAUAUGUGUAAACAAAAAUGUUGUAAUGAUACUUGUCUUAUAUUGAAUAAUACUAAUAUCAAAUUAGAAGAUAUGAAUUCCACAUUAUUACUAUCUAAUAAUAGAAUGAAUAUAUCAAAGGAAAUAACUUAUUGUUAUAAAAAUGUAAAUACAUGUAAUGUAAAUAAAUUCCCUCAACGUUUGAAGAAUAAUGAUAUAUGCAUAAAAAAUAUAGAUAACAAAAUGGUACAUAUGGAAGAGGAAAAUUGUGAAAGAUCGCUAAUAUAUAAUAAUUAUAAUAGUUUUAAUAAAAAUGUCUGCAUUCAUCAGAAUAUAUUAAGAUAUAUUACUAUCAGAGGGAAAGGUUCCCAUGAUGCAAGAAAUGAAUUAGACAUUUCUUAUAUUUUAAAAAAGGAUAAAAAAGCUUGUUAUAUUUUAAAGUGUAUGUUAUAUUAUAAUUUUGAUGAAAAUUAUAAAGGCAAUUCAAAAGUGCAUAAUUAUUAUAGUAAAGAGAAUAUAAAUAAUGAUCUUAUGAAAUUGAAUGAUAUAAAAAGUGUUGUAUAUAUAAUUAGUGGUGAUAUUGUUGAAUAUUAUUUAAAAUAUGAUGAAAUUAAUUUUAUAAAUGUAUUAAAAAAUUCAAAGCUGGUUAUAUUUUAUAAAUGUAAUAGUAUUGUUAAGGGUAAAAUUGUUCGUGCUCUAAAAAAAUAUAGUAAGGAUAAUAUAUGUUCUGUUGGAAAUAAUAUAAAGGAUAUAAGUAUGUUUAAAGAGUCUGAUAUAUGUAUAUUUAUAGAUAAUAAUAAUAAUAAUAAUAAUAAUAAUGAUAGUAAUUACAAUGUGUGUAAAUUAUAUGCUGAUGUGGUAUUAAAAAAUUUUGAUGAGUUAGGUAAUUUCUUUUUUAUAUAUGGAAAGAAAAUAUAUAUAAAUUUUAUUUUAUUAAUAAAAGGCAUAUAUUAUAGAGGUAUGAGUUUACUUUUCUUACAAUUUUAUUUUUCUUACUUUUUUAAGUGUAAAAUUUGUAUCUUUUCAAAUACAUUUUUAUUAAUUCAUUUUGUAUUAUUUUUAAUGAUGACAAGUAUUUGUAUUAUUUGUUCUAUAAAAUAUAAUGAUAAAUAUGAUGAUAUUCUAUAUGAUACUAAUAAGAAUGUAUUAAAUAAGAAUUUUUUAUUUAAGAACCUGUUAAAAAUAGAUAAUUCUACUCUAAUAUCUUUUUAUAAAACUUUAUUGUUUUGUUUAAAUGAAUCUUGUUUAAUAUUUAUUCUAAGUUAUUAUUAUUUCUUAAAUAUAAAUUAUGAAAUAAAUACAUUAACAACUUUAUUUAUUACACAUAUAUUCAAAUCUUUAUUUCUAUUUAUUGAGACAUAUAAUUAUUUAAUUAUAUUUAUUAUAAUACAUUUAUUAUUUAUUAUUAUAUAUAUUUGUAUAUUAUUACUUUUACAUAAAUAUCAUUUUAUAUACUUUAAUAUAACAAUAGAAAUUAUAAAAAAUAAUCUAAUUGUUAAUAGUAUAAUUAAUUUUCCAUCAUGUAUGUAUUAUAUAUAUAUAAAAACAAAAAAAAAAUACAACAAUAUCAACAUGAAAAAAAAAAUUCAUAUUAAAUAA